UUUUUCUCUUAAAGCAAAAGAAAACAAAAGGCAUGGAUUCAUUCUCGUCCUUCUUCGAUUCUCAACCUGGUAGCAGAAGCUGGAGCUAUGAUUCUCUCAAAAACCUCCGUCAGAUUUCUCCCUCCGUCCAGAAUCAUCUCAAGAGGGUUUAUCUCACUCUGUGUUGUGCUCUCGUUGCGUCUGCGUUUGGAGCUUACCUCCACGUGCUCUGGAACAUAGGUGGUAUUCUCACUACCAUUGGAUGCUUUGGAAGCAUGAUUUGGCUGCUCUCCUGUCCUCCUUAUGAACAACAAAAGAGGCUUUCCCUUCUGUUUCUGUCUGCUGUUCUCGAAGGUGCUUCAGUUGGUCCCUUGAUCAAAGUGGCAGUUGAUUUUGACCCAAGCAUCCUCAUCACUGCGUUUGUCGGAACUGCGAUAGCCUUUAUCUGUUUCUCAGGGGCAGCGAUGUUGGCAAGACGCAGAGAGUACCUCUACCUCGGAGGACUGCUUUCAUCUGGCUUGUCCAUGCUUAUGUGGCUUCAGUUUGCCUCUUCCAUCUUUGGUGGCUCUGCAUCCAUCUUUAAGUUUGAGCUCUACUUUGGACUCUUGAUCUUUGUGGGAUACAUGGUGGUGGACACUCAAGAUAUUAUAGAGAAGGCCCACCUCGGUGACAUGGAUUACGUGAAACAUUCGUUGACCCUUUUCACCGAUUUUGUAGCUGUGUUUGUUCGUGUUCUCAUCAUUAUGCUGAAGAACUCGGCAGAUAAAGAAGAUAAAAAGAAGAGGAGGAGGAACUGAGACUAAAAAGUGAGAAAGAAAGCUAAAUAGAGUGGGUGUUAUGUGUGUUUCAAAAAAUAAAAAAGAGUGGGUGUUAUAAGUACAGACAUGAUAGCGUUGGUGUUUUUUACUUGUUUGGAACAGUUUUGGUAACAACACACGUUACGUAUUUGUGUAUUCCUCUUAGUGACUCCAGAUUGUGAAUGGAUCAGUAUCUUGAAACUGUGUUGAAAAUUAUCAGUUGGGAGCU